CCUUGCCUCUCUCUCUCUCUCUCUCUCUUAAGCCUCCCCCUUCAUUUUUCUUGUGAAUUGCCUUGCACGUGUUUCUUGCCUUCAACCCUUUGUAAAUAUAAACAAAAAUAGUUUUGAAGCACGUCAAGGAUUGGAAUCAGGAAAGAAAAUGAUCAUAGUGGCCAACAUGGGUUUUUCAAAGGAAGAGAAAUCCAAAAGGCUGUUGAGGGGUGUGAAGAUUGUGUUCUUCUUGAUCACCAUGGUUAUAUCACUGCUUCUUUUCUCUGCCCCGGUUCUCUUGGUUAUUGCCGAUGCACUUGUUCCUUCAGCUCUACUCUCAGCUUUUUCACCAUCUUUUCUCUUCUCCCAUUUUGAGAACUACGAUUUUGGCUACUCUCUCAUUGACAUACCUCUAGUAUCUAUUGCACGAUCACUUGUCAUCUUCUGUGUGUAUAGUUUCUGUGAUAGGCCAAGGCUUUCACAUGGGCCUUAUUUGGGAGUCACCAUGUUGUGCUCAGUGAUGUCUUUGACAUUUGUUUGCUUGAAAGCUGUUUACGUGUUGAGCUUAAACACAAAUGUUAGUGGAAGAGAGUCAGGGUAUGAUAGAAGUUCCCAGAUAGCUCUGUUCGUGUGGUCGUGUGCUUUGGCAGUGGGGCAUGUCGUUGUUGCCUACAGAACAAGUUGCAGAGAAAGAAGGAAGCUUCUCGUUUACAAGAUUGACAUUGAAGCUAUUUCAGCUUUCAAGAAUGGGUAUCCGAAGAUUUUUCAGGAAGAAAGAGUCAAAUGAACCCACUCUAUAGUCUGUCUAUGACUCAACAUUGAUGCUUGAUGAAAUUAUAUCAAUCCAACAUAGAGAUUUUCAGCUAUCACCUUCAGUCAAUUAUUCAUUUUUUGUACUUGGGUGCGGCAACGAAAUGCUUAGCUAGGUUAAUUUGUCCAAUGCAUGCAUGUCAGUAACCGUAACCCUGACACCUAACACUGGAUAGAGAGACGGGUUAAAGCCACGAGGUUACAUUUAACACAAUAAGCGGUCUAUUUUUUGUGUUUACCAUUGUUUUUCUAAAGUUUAUUUCCCCCCUUGUCUUUUGAAUAUCUUCUUGUACAUAUAAAAAAGUGAAUGAAUCUUUUUUUUUCUCUGGCCAAAGGUCUAAUGAAAGUAUGAAUUUAAUUGAUUA